AUGUCUACUACAAUUCAUAAUUAUCCAUUUAAUCCAUGUUGUUUUGAAGAUUUACCCGAUGAAAUUUUAUUAUCAAUUUGUAGUUAUCUAUCUCAAGUUAAUAUUCUUGAUAGUUUAUUAAAUUUAAAUAAACGUUUAAAUAAAACUAUAAUUUCAUAUCGUGAAAGAAUUUUUCUAUCACAUUUAUCUUAUAAAGAUUUUUAUCAUUUAAUGAACGAUUAUUUACCACAUUUAUCACCAAAUGUUCAUUAUUUAUAUAUAAAUAAUUGUGGAAUGUUAAAUACAGGAAAAAUUUUCGAACAAAAAUUUGAUAAAAUCGAUCGGCAAUUUCCAUUACUUCGUGAACUUGUUUUUAAUCAAAUUGAUAUUGAAACAUUAGAAAAUCUAUCAUGGCGUUUUAAUACAAUGAAUUGUUUAAGUCAAUUGAAUAUUGAUAUUGCAGAUAACCGUAUAUCAACAUUACCAGUACAAUUUGAUGAAUUUUUAUGUGGAAAAUUAUUUUCGGUAUCAAAUUCAUUCCAAAGUUUAAUAUUAAAUUUAAAUCAAACUCGAUUUAGUCUUCAAUCAAUCAAUCAUAAAUGUUUAAAUAUUCGUCAUUUAACAAUAUCUGUUAAAUGUCUCAAUGAUUUAUUAAUUAUAUUUGAUAAUUUUUCAAAUAUUGAACAGUUAAAUAUUACAAUUGGUUGUAAUUCUCUUUCUAAUAAUGAUACAUAUUCAUAUGAACAACUUUGGUGGAAAAUACCUUCUUUAACGAAAUUUAAUCUUUCUAUUAAAGAAAAAGAAUUAACUUCACACGAUAAUGUUAUAUCAAGUGAAAUAAUAAUGAAAAUAAUUCAAAAUAUUUAUCAAUUAGUACAUGUUAAAUUUACACUUGAUAUUACAUUCCAGUUCGAUCCUCAAUUUGAUAUAACAAAAGAUAUUUAUAAAAAUAAAUAUUUUCCAUAUGCUAAUGGGUCAUUAUGGGAACAAGCUUUACAACGAAAUGAUAAUCGUUCGAUACAUUUUGAAUUAUAUAUUGAAAUUAAUGGACUUCCGUCGCCUCUUUCCAGACGAGUGUCGAACUCAGCUAUGUUUCAAGUGGAUAAAACUAAUGAUGUGAGUCUUAAUUCUUUACUGGCAACAACAUAUUCUAGUUCAUAUUGGUUACAAAAGAAUAUUACAAUUCAAUGUUUUUCUAUAACUUCUCAACAUGUAUCAAUUUAUACAUUACCUAUUACAGAUUCUUCUUUAUCGACAACAACUGAUAUGAUUGAACAAAUAAUUACAGCGACAACUCCUCCAUCAUAUUUAUAUAUUAAAAAUCUUUCUUUAGAUUCCAGUAUUGAUUAUUAUUAUUCGUCAAAGUUAUUAAUAACAAAACUAUUUACUAGAUUUCCUUAUUUAACUUAUCUCAAAAUUAAUGGACAACUUCUUUUACCUUCCAGUAUAAGUACAUGUUCAAAUCAUUUACGUUCUCUAUCACUUUCUAAUUAUUCAUUUUCUUCAUGCUGUGAAUUACUUAAUUAUUUACCUAAAGUAAUAUCACUUACACUACCGAAUUUAGAUGAUACAAUCAUAAGCAAAAAUACUCGCAUGAAGCCGAUAUUAUCGAUUACUCGAUUAAAAUUGACUACUUCUUUGUGUAGUGUAAUUAAUUUGAUUCAUUUAUCUGAAUAUUUUCCAAAUGUUAAAGAAUUUUAUAUGACAAUUACUAAUAAAUUAAAUCAACACUUACGGAAUUCUGAUGAGUGUGAAGAAGUAAAAUAUGUUUUACAAAGAUUUAAAUAUUUACGUUUUGUGGAAGUUAUAUUACCAAUAAAACAAACUGCCGAUUUAGUAUUGAAUUGGAUUAGAAUGUUGGAUACAAAUGAAACAAUAUGUGAAAAUAAUGCAGCAAGUGGUUUUAUUAUAGUAAAAACAUGGUUAAAAAAUUAA